CAGUUUUAAUCGAGGGCUGAACUAUGUCAAUGAAGAAAAUACAUAACAUCAUCUGUCCUUCCAUUCUAGCUCAGGGGUGCUCUCCUGGGGGAUACCAGUUUCUUCAGAGCCCUUAUAGAAGUGUCAAUUUUGACUCCCUGGGCCUCCAGCAGUUAGCCAUUCAAGACCUGAUAUGUGACCACUCCCUUUCUCCCUGAUGGUAUCGAUUUCUCCUCUUUGACAGACCUGCUAAGAUGCCAACCAAAUGUGUUGAGAUGAACCACUGCGCAACACUGGCCCCCAUCUGCCUGUCUCUGAACGAUUCAGAAACACUACCUCCACCUGGGGAGAUCAAGCAAUUGACAGCUUGUGCCACAUGGCAGUUUUUGUUCAGCACUACAAAAGACUUCUGUCUUUUUCAAAUCCCAGUGUCCAUAAGAAACUGUGGAAAGUUUUUUGUGUACUUACUACAACCCACUCAGGGAUGUAUGGGAUAUUGUGCAGAAGGUAAGAAAACAUGUUUAAUACACAUGAACUGCUAUCAUAAUCCCAAAAAAAUCGUUCUUGUCCAAAUUACUAUUCUUUUCUGUUUUCCAUCUGGAAGGAUUUUACCAGGAAAAAGCAUGUUUGACACAAUGCCAGUUUCUCUGCCAUCACCUAGAAAACAGUCCUAUUGUAGCUGCUCAAUAGACACUACUUCAUUGUAUCCAUCCUCUAAUCAUCUGGAAAGUGUUUCUCAAUCAGAGACUGUUUCAGCUUGCAAAGACCCCAAACAUGUCAAAUUCGCUUCCUUGAUAGAGCUAGAUGUCACCUCUGAAUAUAUUAAUUCAGAAGCUCCUGUCAGAGGAAUAAACAAGCAUACAUCUCGAGAAAAAAAUAAUUUGGAUUUUUCUCAAGAAAAAAAGCAUGUGAAUCUAACCAGUCUGGACUUAAAUUUACAAAAACAUCCUGGGAAUGAAAAACAAGAUGCAUCAAAAACUUUGGACAAGGGGAGACGUACACAGGACCAGGGUAAUCACAGCCAAGAAAUAAGGUGCGAUCGACAAAACAGAUGGAAACAGCAAAACUUCAGUGAGUUUCUUCCUUUGUUUGCUUUUCAAAGUCUCAGCCAAAGUGACCUAGAAGAGUUUACUUACUUUUUCCCUGAGGACCAUACUGAGGAUGUCCACCAAGAGUUUGUCCCCACGUGGCCCACACCAUCUGGCCACACCGAAUACAGCACAUCGGCACUAUGUCAGCACACUCUUGCCAACUCCAGCAUAGGAAUGCACUGUCUUGCCUUUCUUGGCAAGAGACUAGACAGUGUGAUAGAGAUGUGUUUUAAGGAUGUUCUCCUAAAAGAUGAUCUUAGCUGGGCAGAAGCAGGUGUGGCCCUUUUAGAAAAUGAAUGUGAAAAGAGGAUUUUGGAAGAGGGGAAAUAUAACAGAGAAGAAUACAUCAAGUCAAUUAAAGACAUUAUCUUGUCAUUAAAACGCCCCAAUUUAUGCAGUGGCCAUGGGCAGUAUAUGGAAUGGGGGUGUGCAUGCUCCCCAGGCUUUAGUUCCUAUGAUUGCAGUGAUUCACACGGCAAAAACUGCCAGGAAGAUGUUGAUGAGUGUGAAUCCAGGCCUUGCUUUUCAGGAGCAGAGUGCCUCAAUACCUUUGGUUCUUAUCAUUGUGUUCAUGUCCAAAAGCAUUUUACGGUGAUGGAAAAAUAUGUCAUGGUGAGGACACAAGGAAAAUGCAGCUGUCUGGGACGCAGGAAGAAAGCUCUCUCACCAGGGACCAAAUGGGCCUGCACCUUGAUCUUGGACUUCCCACCCUCCAAAAUGUUUUAUAACAGUUUAAUUCUGAUCUGUUUUUCAUGUAUACAUUUACAGUUGAAACAGUUUUUAAAUAAAUUUACUACACAUACUGUGGUUCUCACAAGGUCUGACAACAGUGUAACUAAGGAAGAGGAUGACAUAAAUUUGCAACAACUAUCAACAGAACAUUCACUAAUUGAUGCAAGCUCUAUCCACAGUUCUGCAACUAUGAAAAAGUUCUUGGAUACAAUCGACAUCUCACAAUUCUCAUUAAAAUCAGUCACAACUCGAAUGAAUCAUUCAAAGAAGGCUAUUUCCCAUCAGAUAUCAGAUUUUGAACAUGUGGAUCAUACCCCCAAUACAAACCUCAGUCUGGAGGAGUUGGAAGUUCCUACAAACAACCGUAGUUCUUUAAGCAUUAACCUGAAUAGUUUCCAUGGCGAACUAUCUUGUCACCCUCCCUGUAAGAAUGGUGGUCACUGCAUGAGAAAUAACGUGUGUGCCUAUCCUCAAGGAUACACUGGUAGGAGAUGCCAAAAAAGUAUCUGUGAUCCCAUAUGCAUUAAUGGAGGAAAGUGUGUGGGACCAAGUCUUUGCUGUUGUCCUUCUGGCUGGACAGGGAAACAAUGCAACACACCUAUCUGCUUUCAGAAAUGUAAAAAUGGUGGUGAGUGUAUUGCUCCUAUCAUAUGCCAUUGUCCUACGACAUGGGAAGGAGCACAGCGUCAAAUACCAAUCUGCUAUCAAAAGUGUCUUUAUGGAGGCAGAUGCGUACUCCCCAACAUAUGUUCUUGCUGCACUGGAUAUACUGGAGUCAAACGUGAAAAGAAAAUACAGAAAAAACACCAUUGAGUAAUAUCAAGUAUAAGAAUGGAAAUUUUUAUUCAGAAAACAUUGAAGUUAACUACUUGAAGUUUAUUGGAACAUCAUUUUUAAAGCUAUUUUAAAGACUGAAGAAACUAAUAAAUACAGACUGGUCUUAGUUGUUAGAGAAAAGCAAAGAAAAAAUCCAGAUAAUCAAAAAUUUACUUUGAAAUGUGAUUUGAUAUUUACAUAUUGAAAUGAUGUUUCUGAUAUUCCUGACAUUCACAAUAUUUAAUAAACUGAACAUUUUCCCAG